UAACUCCACUUCCGUGUUUUCGUUUAUAGAACGAAACAGGACGACAUCGGCAUGGCAGGCAAGGGCCAUCGGUCUAGCGAAGACACCGUGGAGUAUUAUCUGUUUCCGUCCAUUCCAAACCGAAUAGGAGACGAUGAAGUUCAGGCAUACCUUGAGGAACAAGUUGACAUUUUUCUAGCUCAUCUGAGCCCGUUCCUGAUCGACUAUAUUUGGCAGUGCGAACCCUUCACGCUGUCCCCCGUUGUAGGGAAAGGUAACCUCCCCCCUCACCUGUACAGCAGCACCAGCUUUGGCGAGAACAUCGACGAUGAAUGGUUCAUCGUGUACCUCCUGUUCCGGCUCUCCAGGGCGUACCCAAGUCUUGUCAUCAAAACAUCAGACAAUGACGGAGAGUUCCUGCUAAUAGAGGCUGCUGAAGCACUGCCUAAAUGGCUGACACCAGAGACGUCCGACAACAGGGUGUACAUCUAUCAGGGAGAUAUACACAUUAUACCUAUCCCACAAACCCCAGCAGAGAUGAUGGAGCUCCCGUUGUUUGCUCCAGACAUCCCCGAUGGUGUCAAUUGUAUACGUGAACACACCAGCCUCACCCGGGCAUCACCACAGAUACAGCGAUACAUCUUCUCCCGGCUCAGCUGCUUCCCUGAAAAAAUUAAAGAAAAUGUCCAUCACACCAACUGCUACAUCCCAGCAAAACUGGUGCCGGUCUUACGGCGGAACCCUGCCCUGGUCGCACCCGCCGUGCACGCCUUCUACUACCGCGACCCUCUAGACCUACAGGCUUGUAGAACUAUGCAGAUCUUCUCACCAACUGACCAAGUUCUAGCAAGGGUGAAGCUGACUCGCUGCCUGUAUGCCCAGCUGAUGCACCAACAGUUCACCCCGGACAAGAGGAGCGGCUACACACUGCCCGCGUCGUCUAAUCCCAAGUUCCAGUCACAUGACCUGGGCAUGAAACUGGCUCAUGGCUUCGAGAUCCUGUGUACCAAGUGUUCCAGCGGUCAGCGGAUGGGCGUCAACGGUCACACAGUUUCAUCUGACCGGGAUGUACGGUGGCAGAGGUACCUCAAGUCACUCAACAUGAGUGGAUAUUUCAGGGAUGAAGUGACAGGGUCCAAGCUGUACACGGAGCUGCUGGUGGAGGCUCGUAAGUUCUACAUGGAUCAGCUGCAGAUCAGCAACAGUGGCUCCUUCAGGGCGAGCCCAGGGGAGGAAGUGCUGGACCUGGUGGGCAGCACCACCUAUGACCUGGACAGUCUCCGGAGGCAGGAGCAGACGCUGGCCUCGCCUGACGAUGACAGCUGGUUGAACCUGACCCCCGAGUCUCUGGAUGAGAUCCUAAAGAAGGCUUCAGGGAGGUCCGACCCUGACGCCUUUGACAUGACCAAAGUCGCAGACUCCAUGAAGACAUUUGUAGGACAUGUAUCAGGAGUAGAAGGAGCCGAGUUUCCGCAAGAGUCUGAAGAGGGAGAGAUACAGUUUGAGAGCACAGGCUUCAUUCAUGCCAUGCAGAAGAUGUUUGAAUUCAAUGAUGAGGACGAUGCAUCCAGCUCCGAUGAAUUUGAGGAAUAUGACUGGGAUGACAGUGAUGAUGACUUUGAGUCGCCGCCUAAACACUCUCCUUCCAAGAGGCCCCAUACUAGGAAGUCCCCCAAGAAAGCUGCUCCUCGGCCAGAUCCUAAGAUACAGAACGUGAUGGACAUGAUGGACCGGGAGCUGGCUCAGACCAACGUGGGGAAGAGCUUCGAGAGGGAAACAGUCAAACAGAAUGGAAAUACCAAACCCAAACCACAACGUCCAAAACAACCACCACCACCGCGCCCUUCACCUCCACAUUCUUCCCGACCUUCACCCCCAGCUCGACCUUCACCUCCACCACGACCUUCACAGCGACCUCCGCAGCGCCCACCACCAAGGCCUAACAACACCCCGACAUCUAGUCCAAGGAAGUACAAGCGAGAUAUUGAUGAUGAAGAUGAUGGUUUUGUGCCUGUAAACAUCAAUCUGAAUGUGGUCAAGAACACUCUGGAGUCCUACACUGCCCAGCAGGGGCUGCCAGGCCCAGCCUCCAACAUUCUACACAGCAUGGGGGUCAAACUGCCUCCCAAUGCUGAUGCCUUGUAAUGUGAAGCCUUUCAGAACACCUGGUGUUUCACAUUAUGAAGGGUGGUCUCUCGUGGUACAUAUGCCUUGUAAUGUGAAUCCUCGAAGAACAGCUGCUGUUUCACAUAAUCGAGGGUAUCUAGUCUCUCUUGGCACAGAUGCUUUGUAAUCAGAUUCCUCAUAGGACAACUUCCACUGAUUCACAUAAUAAAGAUUAUCUGGCUUUAUUUGGUAGGGAUAUUCUAUGAUGUUAGUAAGAUAGUUUCUGACCCCUGACAUCAUGCCUAGCAACGAGCUGGCCCCUAUCUGAUCAAUUGUCAUUUCAUGAUAGGGGUGUGAAGUAUGAAGCACCGAAUGUUUGUGAGUAGCUAGGGGUAUCUCGUUACCUUGGUGCACACGACUUGUAAUAUAUAGUGUGUUCAGUCCCCAGCACCUGUUCAUCAAAGGAUUGAGGGGGAGGUCGAUUAGCCUAGUGGUUAAAGCGUUUGCUUGUCAGCGGAAGACCUGGGUUUGAUUCCCGACAUGGGUACAAUGUGUGAAGCCCAUUUCUGGUGUUUCCUGCUGUGAUAUUGCUGGUAUCUCAUGACUUUUUUGCAGAUUCCUUGUAAUGUGAAUUUAGAAGCUUUUGACCUCUUAAUGUUCCACACAAUAUAGGGCUGUGUGUUUACCAUGGUGCUUUGUAGUGUACAUUACACUCGGUGAAGAAUGUCCGAUUUGUAAGUCAACAUCAGUGUCAGUGCAGUCAUGAGAUAUGUGGGAUGACGUAUCAGAAUACGUAACAGAAUAGCUCCCCAGUCAGGGCUAGUAAAUAUACCCACAGUGUGAGAUAUACGUUGUUACAUCACCCUUAAUAUGGUGCACUACACAUCACUCAAUACAUGUUCCUUUCCUUCCUGCAUGUAGACCUCGCAUCUUGGUGGCCACCAUAGACAGUGAAACCUCGUUAGCCUGGACCCUGUUAUUCUAGAAACCCCUCAUUUUGGACGACUACUGUAGGAAAUCCAGUGAUUAUCAUCAUGAGCCUUGACCCACACAAUAGAGACCUGAUGACAUACAAUCAACCAAGUCACCAAGCCUGACCACCCGUUCCGUUUAGUCACCUCUUACGACAAGCAUGGGUUGCUGGGGACCUGUAUUCUUACCAGGGAUAGUGUUCGAGACGUCAAAAACAAAGCACAUUAUUCCUUACCAUGGUUUGUUAAUCCAGAAACAGACAAAUUCACUGGAAACAGUAGUCCGGAUUAAUGAGGUUCCUCUGUAUAAGGACAGGCAUUUGUAAAUAUGUGAGUCUUCAAAGGUCUGUUUGCCCAUGUUUGAAAGUAUGUUGGAUGUACACAGUUGGACUACCUCCCCAGUUGAGAUCUCCUUGUCGAUGCUGCUACCAUGUAUAAUAUCCCUGUUGGUCUGUGUGAGUCUACAGUAUUAGUUAGUUGUUAGUCAGCCUUGAGUCUGUGGUGCACCUGCAAACAUGCCUAGUAUUCAUGAGAAGCAAGUAUUGGGAUGACACUCCAUUGUUUCCCAGCAGGACUUUGCUCUGUUCCUUUGGGAUGUGAUAAACCACCAAUAUACUCUUUCCCCCAAUACUAGUAUUAAGUUAAUGUGGCAGAGAGUUCCAGUGUUUAAGUCACUACCAUUGUGUUUUCAUGUUUAUAUCAACCCGCUGAUGGAGAUGUAGAUCAGUGUGGCCUUGCUGAACAAUUUUGUCUUUGACUGGGUUGCUACAGAUAUAACUGUCUUUCAGGAAAACAUUUUUAUGUCAGUGUGAUGUAUUUUGAAGGAUCUAGCAUUUACGACUCAAAAGAAGAUAAGAAAACUUGAUGUUUUUUUCAUAUGACUAUAGUUAUCGUAUUCGAUGUAAUAAGCGCUCUCAAAAUUAGAAAUAGGGGGCUUUUAUUAGAAUAUUACUUUGGUGGAAAAAACAGAGUUGAAAGAUAAAU